UUGAUAUUGUUUUUCAAAUCUUAAUCCUUGUUUCCUGGAGAAACGCUCAAGAUUUCAUCAUCUCUCACUUUAUCCAUCAUCCUUUUCAUCAAAGUUUGUAGGGAUUUUCUUUUCAUUUGAUCUUCAGUUUUUUGUUUCCUUCACAGCUCCUUUAGAUUCUGUGUGUUUAUCUUCAGGCAUUACUCGAUCUGUGUUUUGCUUGGCUUCAAUCUCUUCCCAUUUUUAGCCUUUUUGAGUUGCCAGAUCAAAAAUGGAAGCGAUCGAAGAAUUGGUUCAACUUUCGGAUUCUAUGCGGCAGGCUACGGCUGUGCUUAACGACGAAGAUAUUGAUGAAAACUCAUCGUCAUCGUCAAAACGCCGUUCCACAUUUCUAAACGUUGUUGCUCUUGGCAAUACUAGUGCAGGUAAAUCAUCAGUAUUGAACAGUUUGAUUGGACAUCCUGCUCUGCCUACUGGUGAAGGUGGUGCAACUCGUGCACCUAUAUGCAUAGACUUAAAGAGGGAUGGUAACUUAAGCAGCAAAUCAAUUAUAUUGCAAAUUGAUAGUAAAUCUCAGCCUGUGUCUGCAAGUGCUCUUCGGCAUUCUUUACAGGAUAAACUUAGUAAAAUGUCAAGCAAGAGUCGUGAUGAAAUAUAUUUGAAACUUAAAACGAGUACAGCUCCUCCUUUCAAAUUGGUUGAUUUGCCUGGAGUGGAUAAAGGAAAUCUUGAUGAUUCGUUGAGGGAAUAUGCUCAACACAAUGAUGCAAUUCUUCUUGUUGUUAUACCAGCUUCUCAGGCACCGGAAAUUUCCUCUGCUAGAGCCCUCAGAAUUGCAAAGGAAUAUGAUAGAGAAUCUACAAGAACUAUUGGCGUCAUCAGUAAAAUAGAUCAAGUGUCAUCAGAUCCAAAAGUUCUUGCUGCCACUCAAGCACUUCUCUUGGGUCAAGGACCACAAAGUACAAUUGAUAUCCCGUGGGUUGCUCUAAUUGGUCAAUCAGUUUCCAUCGCUUCAGCAAAAUCGGGAUCUGAUAACUCAUUAGAAAAUUCAUGGCAAGCUGAAAGUGAAAGUUUAAAAUCUAUAUUGACAGGUGCUCCUCAGAGUAAGCUUGGUAGAUUAGCCUUGUUAGCAACCCUUGCUGAUCAAAUCCGUAGGCGAAUGAAGAUCAGGCUUCCAAGUCUUCUAUCAGGGCUUCAAGGUAAGUCUCAAAGUGUGCAGGAUGAGUUGGUAAGGCUUGGAGAAUCAAUGGUCAGUAGUUCUGAAGGUACAAGGGCCUUGGCUUUGGAGCUUUGCCGUGAAUUUGAGGACAAGUUUCUUCAACAUAUUAUAACUGGGGAGGGUAGUGGCUGGAAAGUAGUUGCAAGUUUCGAGGGGAACUUUCCUAAUAGGAUCAAGCAGAUUCCACUAGAUAGACAUUUCGACAUAAAUAACGUUAAGAGGAUUGUGGUAGAAGCAGAUGGUUACCAACCUUAUCUUAUCUCUCCAGAAAAAGGGCUCCGCUCUUUAAUAAAAGGUGUAUUAGAACUUGCUAAAGAACCAUCACUCCUUUGCGCUGAUGAGGUUCAUCGUGUGCUUGUGGAUAUAGUUUCAUCAUCAGCAAAUGCUACACAUAGUCUAGGAAGAUAUCCUCUAUUCAAGAGAGAGGUUGUGGCUUUAGCUACCGCUGCUCUAGAGGGGUUCAAGAACGAAGCUAGGAUCAUGGUGGCUGCACUUGUUGACAUGGAGCGGGUGUUUGUCCCACCCCAACACUUCAUUCGUCUGGUGCAGAGAAGGAUGGAUAGGCAGAGACGGGAGGAAGAGAUUAAAACAAAAUCUUCCAAGAAGACUGUUGAUGCCGAGCAAUCCUUGCUAAAUAGGGCAAGUAGUCCUCAAACAGGAAGGAAAGAAUCUGGGUGGACCUUAAAGUUGAUGAAGGAUACAAAACAAGGCAAGGAUGUACAAGAGGGGCCGGCCUUAAAGACUGCAGGACCUGAAGGGGAGAUAACGGCAGGAUUCUUGUUGAAGAAAAGUGCAAAAACUAAUGGAUGGAGUAGGAGAUGGUUUGUUUUAAAUGAGAAAACCGGAAAGCUUGGAUACACCAAAAAACAAGAAGAGAGACAUUUCCGUGGCGUCAUCACUUUAGAGGAAUGUAAUGUAGAAGAACUUGAAGAAGAACCCCCACUUAACAGUUCUAAGAAGCCAAAGGCUGAAGAAAGAGCACCCAGCCUAGUGUUCAAGAUAACAAGCAAGGUUGCAUAUAAGACGGUGUUAAAAGCUCAUAGCGCUGUUGUGUUGAAGGCUGAGACUGCUGCCGAUAAAGCUGAGUGGUUAAACAAAUUGAAAGUUAUAAUCCGUGCCAAAGGGGGUCAAGUUAUUAUGAAAGCAGAUGGUCCUCCCAUUCGGCAAAGUCUAUCCGAUGGUUCGCUUGACACAAUGACUAGAAAGCCUGCAGAUCCAGAGGAAGAACUUCGUUGGAUGGCUCAGGAAGUACGUGGUUAUUGUGAAGCUGUUCUGAACAGCCUUGCAGCAAAUGUUCCAAAGGCAAUUGUUCUUUGCCAAGUAGAAAAAGCUAAAGAAGACAUGCUGAAUAAGCUGUACAUUUCUGUAAGUUCGCAGAGUACGUUGAGGAUUGAAGAGCUGCUUCAAGAGGAUGGUAAUGUCAAGCGUAAAAGAGACAAAGUUCAGAGGCAAUCCUCUCUGUUAUCCAAACUCACCAAGCAGCUCAGCGUUCAUGAUAACGGAGCAGCUGCAGCUUUAAGCAUGUCAAAUGGUAACCCUGCAGAAAGUCCAAGAAGUAAUGGAUCCUCAUCCGGUGAUGACUGGAGAUCUGCAUUCGAUUCUGCUGCCAACGGCAGCUCAGGGCUUGACUCCAGGUAUGGGUUCAGUGGCCAUAAUCGCAGGUAUAGCGACCCUUCCCAAAACGGUGAUGCUGGCUCAGGUUCAGGAUCAAACUCCAGCAGCCGCCACACACCUAACAGAAUGCCACCUGCACCACCUGGUUCCGGAUAUAGAUUUUAGAUUAUUAUUUAGAAAGCUUCUACCCAUUGAUGAAUAUAUUCUGUCUUGAUCCCACGCUUGUGGGCACGAGUUCAAGUAUGUAGAUUUGCUUAUAUACAUAUACACAUCUCCUUUGUAGAUAAAUAUUCAUUUGGCAGGACGUCGUCUGUUUUAGUCACAAUUUUGUUUUGGUUUUUCCAUU